AUGUCACCCGCACCACUCCCCGACCCCCAGCGCCUCAUCACCGACACCGACCUCUCCACCGGCCUCUCCCACUUCUCCGCCUCCACCCCGGAAAGCCUCGCCGUCAAGCACGACCUCGGCGGCGCCCUCUUCCGCCUCGCCUACCUCACCGACGCGCACCCCAUCGACCUCGAUCACCGCCGCGAUCUGACCGCCUACCUCGACCACCUGGCCCACGGCAGCGUCCCGCCCGUGACGCUCCCCGGCGGCCGGGGCCUGAUCUGGUACAUUGACACGCCGCCCGGCGCGGCCAGCCCGCUGCACCGCACUGUCAGCUUCGACGUCGUGGUCCAGGUCGCGGGGGAGGUGGAGAUCACGCUCGAGUCCGGGGAGACGCGCGUGCAGAAGCCCGGGGACAUGGUCAUUCAGCGCAGCACGGCGCAUACGUGGCGCAAUCCGAGCGAGGAGGAGUGGUCGCGCAUGGUGGGCGUCAUGUACUCGAGCAAUCCGGUUGUUCUUGACAACGGCACGGAACUCGGUCCCACUGGGCUCUGA